AUGGCGGCGCACUGGAGCAAUCUGCCUAAAGAGCACAAGCUUGCGCACUUCUCAGCCGAGCUGUCAAGCAUCCUCGAGAACGCCGGGCACAAUGAGAUGUACGGUGUCGAGCUGGCAGCUCCGACAGCAGACAAGCCGGCACCGCACACGACGCUCAUCAUCCUCCAGAAGUACCUUCGCGCGAACGUGGACGACCUCGAAAAAGCGAAGGAGCAACUUACGGCAGCGUUGAAAUGGCGGAAAGAGUAUCAGCCACUCAAGGCAAAGGAUGACGUCUUCGAUGCCGACAAGUUUGCGAGUAUUGGAUACGUGACGAAGGUCAAGGCCGCCAAAGAGACGCCGAACGAGGAGGAUAUAGCGUGCUUCAACAUCUACGGCAAUGCUGCCAAGGAGUCGAAGAAGAUAUUUGGCGAUACAGAUGCUUUCAUCCGCUGGCGAGUCGCGCUGCAAGAGCUCGCCAUUUCUCAGCUCAACCUCAACUCCGCCGACAAGCCCAUUCCAGACUACGGCAAGGGCCCAGAUCCCUACAAGAUGAUCGCCGUCCACGACUACCUCUCCGUCUCCUUCUUCCGCCAGCCCGCCGAGAGCAAAGCCUCUUCACAGAAGAUCAUCGACAUGUUCCAGCGCUACUACCCCGAGACUGUCAGCUACAAGUACGUUGUCAACGUGCCGACCAUCAUGCAGUGGAUGAUGGGCGCGAUGAAGAUGUUGAUGAGCAAGGAUAGCAUUCAGACGAUGACCUGGAUGACAUAUGGCAAUCAGCUAUACCAGUACCUGGGCACUGAUAUACCCAAAGAGUAUGGCGGGACUGGCGCAACCUUGGCGGAGACUGCUAUCACACCAAAGUACGACAGUCAGGAAACGGAGGCGGCAAAGCCCGCGGAGGCCGCUAUCGAGGGCGUCCCAGCCGCUGAAGUGGGAUCCGCGCCAACAGCUCAAGUUGUUGCUGCUGAGACACCGUCUGCCACGAAUGCGGCGCCCGAAGUGACCGGGAAGCCUGAGGAGAAGGCUACAGUAGCUUGA